CUUACCCGACCACAUAAUUUAAGCUUUCGGAAUUUACGAUGGCGGUCUAUCUCUACUUAAAGCCGAGCCUGCCCUGAUUCCGGAUCCAGGAGAGAAGCCCAAUAAAUACCUCAUCGCCUCUCUUUUCGUCCCUCUUUCGUCAUAGUCUCAUACGCCAUCAAAACGCCGCUAUUGAUACCACGACCGACGCAGGGAGAAGAAGCUCUGGCAGGUAGAGAAAGAGGAGGACCAGGCUGUUCUGCUCAGUAGUAAGCAAUGGGUGCUGGAGGCAGGAUGGCAGUGUCCCAGGAGGGUAAGAAUCUCAAAUCUGAUGAUUCCGUUAAGCGUGUUCCGUAUGCCAAACCACCUUUCACGGUCGGUGAGAUCAAGAAAGCCAUCCCACCCCAUUGUUUCAAACGCUCUGUUCUCCGCUCGUUCUCCUAUGUUGUCUACGACCUCACGGUUGCCUUUCUCCUCUACUAUGUCGCAACACACUAUUUCCAUCUUCUCCCACAGCCUCUCUCAAACCUGGCCUGGCCGCUCUAUUGGAUCUGCCAAGGCUGUGUACUGACCGGAGUCUGGGUCAUCGCACACGAAUGUGGUCACCAUGCGUUUAGUGACUACCAAUGGCUGGAUGACACCGUUGGCCUUACCCUACAUUCCGCUCUUCUCGUUCCUUACUUCUCUUGGAAGUACAGUCACAGGCGUCACCAUUCCAACACCGGAUCCCUUGAAAGGGAUGAAGUUUUUGUGCCCAAACAGAAAUCUGAAAUAAAAUGGUACGCGAAAUAUCUGAACAACCCUUUGGGCAGAGCUUUCACGCUUAUUGCUCAGCUCACCCUUGGUUGGCCCCUAUACCUCAUGUUCAAUGUUUCAGGUAGACCCUAUCCGCGUUUCGCAUGCCACUAUGACCCUUACAGCCCUAUAUAUUCACCCCGGGAGCGGGCCCAGAUUUUCCUUUCGGAUCUCGGUGUCUUUGCUGUUACCUUUGGAUUGUACCGUCUUGUGGCAGCUAAAGGGCUGUCUUGGGUUCUCUGUGUGUAUGGGUGCCCGCUCAUGAUUGUGAACGGGUUCCUUGUUUUGAUCACUUUCUUGCAGCAUACUCACCCGUCAUUGCCCCAUUAUGAUUCGUCUGAGUGGGAUUGGUUGCGGGGCGCCCUCUCCACCGUUGACAGGGAUUACGGCAUUCUCAACAAGGUGUUUCAUAACAUCACAGAUACUCACGUGGCACACCAUCUAUUCUCCACCAUGCCGCACUACAAUGCCAUGGAGGCCACAAAGGCUAUCAAGCCGAUAUUGGGUGAGUACUACCAGUUUGACAGCACACCAGUCUUCAAGGCAAUGUUCAGAGAAGUGAAGGAAUGUGUUUAUGUUGAGCCAGACGAUGAAGGUGACAAGAAGAAGGGAGUUUUCUGGUACAAGAAUAAGCUUUAAUCAGUUUGUAUCCAAGCGAAAGUAUCGCAUGUAACGCUGCAGGUUGUAUCCAAACUUAACAGGUUGAUCAUGUACUUGAACUUUGGUUGUGUUUGAAUAAACUUUGAAAGUGCUUCAUUUGAAAAUGAACAAUAGAACUCCCAUCGUAAAUUGCAC